ACGAGCCGAGGAUCCGUGUCCUGUGUAGAGAGACGAGUUCGGUCGUGAGCGAACAGCAAGCUGAUGUUUUAUAUGUAGCCAUCGUGAUUUCAUUUGGGAUUUUGCGUCGGCCAAAUAAUACUUGUCUGGUCGGCAAGGGGGAGGGCGAAAGAGAGAGAGGGAGAGAGAGAGAAAGGGAGAGGAAAAGAGGACGACGGCUCGGGAGAAGAAACACACACACACACACACACAUACACAUACACAUACAUACACACACAUCGGGCCGGAGGAGGGGACGAGGACAGAGAGGGGGGAGUUCACUCCAAAUGCUAUCCCUUUAAAACAAGGGGGACACGGCGGUGGGGGAAGAGAGCGAUAGCGGCGCGGAGAAGACGGGAUAAAAAAAGAAAAGGGAAGAAAGAGCGAGGGCGGGAGGGAGCGUGUUACAAGGGAGAAAAAAAAAAAAGAAAGAUGUCAUCCUCUCGAUUGAAAUGCCGAGGCGGAGCCAUGGACCACGACCGACGAAGCGACUCACCAGACAGGGAUGAGAUUUAACGCAACACCGAGGCUCUCUCACAGGCCCUGAAGGCGAAACCUUAGCUACAAUAAAAUAGGCUGCUUUUUUAUUCUCCCAUCCCGAGCGACUGCCAACGUCAAACUCAUUGUUUUUGGUUUUUUUCUUUUUCAACGUUGGGUGUUCUUUUGCAUGAAUUAUUUGCACAUGACUGUCUUAUUUAUAAGCCACUAUUCCAACUACAACAACAACAAAAAAAGCAUUACAUGUAAUGUAUUGUAUAAAGCAUGAGAACUAUGACUUGUUUUAAUCUGCGACUGUGGCUCUGUGUUCGUGGGGAGAAGAGUGUUGAUGUGAUCUAGACUAUGUUUCAUUUUCUGUUCAAUUUUUUUUUUUUGUCAUUGUAAAAUCCAUUUUCGCGUUGUGAAUGAUUAAGGUCACAGCGUUUUCAGUCCAUACUCCAUCAUUCUUCCUGGUACUGGGUUACUUUUAGCUGGAUCAUUUCGCCUUAUAUAUAAAAACAGCACAGAUCUAGGGAGACCUUUUUUUUUUUUAGAGGAUUCACUUCAAAGGGGAUCUAAAAGGGAGAUCGGUACCUCCGACGUAACUGUUUCAAGUGUCGUCACACCCACGUCAUUUCCGCCACCGACUCCUUCAAGAUGGACGCCGCUUGGAGCAAUUUCCUCUUUCAGACCCCGCCUUCACAGUCCCAAACUGAGAGCACCCUCCAAUCAGAUCUUCUGCCGGAGCUCACGGACGCGCCUCAGGACACGCCCAGCGAGCACAUAGCCCCGCCCCCAUCUACAGUGGACACAGCGGCGCUGAAUGAGGAGCCGGAGCCAGAGCCAGUUAAGCCUGUGUCUCGGCCUGCCCGACCUGCUCAUAUAUGCUCCAUAUGCAACAAGCAGUUUAAGAACAGCUAUAACUUGCGUCGCCACCAGUCGGUCCACACUGGAGUGAAAAUGAAAGACAGAGCAGCUCGAGAGAAGGUGGACGCAGGGAAGGCAGGUCAGCGAGUGGAGAGGCAAACAAUUCCUCUUUCCCUCCUCCAGCUCUCCAUUCCUGCCCCGAUCACAGUGGCUACCGAUUCUAUGAUCCACCCUUCCCCCAUCAACAACCAACAGGUGGAGACAGUCGCUGUAUCCAUCACUCCAGCAACGGUUGCCAUGACAGCAGCUCAGCCUCUCCCUGCUGCUGUAGUGGUUACUGGGACAAUGGUGCAGGUUGGCUUGACUGGAUAUUCACAGACACUGAUGUCCGAUGAUGUGUGUUUGAAGUCAAAAGAAGAGUAUUUUCAUGCUGCGCCAACCAACAACACUGGAGAGAACCCCAGCCUUCCCAGCCCAAUUCAGAUCUCAAUCCCAAUCACAAACCCACAUCCUAUUCCUACUCCAAGUCCCAACCCUAACCCCAGCCCCAACCCAAACCCUAACCCUAACCCAGUACGGAAGAACCAUGCAUGUGAGGCAUGCGGGAAGGCUUUCCGGGACGUGUACCAUCUGAAUCGGCACCGGUUGUCCCACUCGGAUGAGAAGCCGUACUCUUGUCCCAUCUGCCAGCAGCGUUUUAAGAGGAAGGAUCGGAUGAGUUACCACGUCAGAUCCCACCAGGGUGGAGUGGAGAAACCAUACGUGUGUCCUCAUUGUGCCAAGGGUUUCUCACGGCCUGACCAUCUUAACAGUCAUGUGCGGCAGGUGCACUCCACAGAGAGACCCUUCAAGUGUCCGACGUGUGAGUCUGCGUUUGCCACAAAGGACCGGCUGCGUGCUCAUAUGAUCAGACAUGAGGACAAAGUUCCAUGCCAUAUUUGCGGCAAACUGCUCUCUCCUGCUUAUAUCACGGAUCAUAUGAGGGUCCACAACCAAUCCCAGCAUCAUGUGUGCCACUUGUGCAACCGAAGCUUUACCACACUGACGUAUCUGCGUGUCCAUGCUCAAAAACACCACGGGCAAGAGUGGAAAGAGAGCAGCAUGGGUCGUGGCUCGGGCCCCGGUGGUGUGCUGUUGUGUCAACUGUGUGGGGUCCACUGCAAGACUCCCACCCAGCUUCAGGGCCACAUGGCCACACAUGCCAACCAGGCGGACCCUACGGUACCAGACCCCAUCAGCAGCAGCAGCAGCAGCACUUUAGUGGGUACAGUUUCCACAGCAACCCCAGUCUCCAGCCCUGCAGCCACUGUGGGCCUGCUGGUGACUGACUGCUCUAGCAUCGCUGCCCAGAGCCACAGCUAACCCCAGGCUUCAGGGGCAUAGAUGGGGAAGGGCAGGGGAAGAUAUAGCACAGCAGCAAACUCACCAGGCUGCUUCUUCGUAUGAAAAGGUUGCUUUGGAAAUGUUGCAUCCUCCUCCAUCUGUGCUGCCUCAGAGCCUGCAAGCAGUCAGCAUGAGCUAACUGACUUUUUAACAGCAAGUCUCAAGAAAUCAUUUGUUCAAUUCAAACUAUCACAGACUCCUGGCCAGUCCCACUGGCUCUGCUUGAUUUGCUCUACUUCGAUAACUGUUCUACGAAGACGGACAGUUGGAUUAAGUGGUGCAAUGCUUGCUAGUUACGUCAAUGGCUUCCCAAGGGAGAGGCUGUGACGGUGUGAAGGCUGUCAAGUGUUGUCCCACUUUAUUUAUAACCUGUCUCUCAUGAUCAGGAAUCUAGAAUGUUGAGAAUGAUUAACUAUUUUUAGCUAUCCAAUUGAUACCCAGUAUAAGUUACCUUCAGUAUUUUAAUAAAACAGCCAAAUAGGAUCAGGUAACUCACCCAUAUUCCAGCACAUUAAAGCAGCCCUCUGUGUAGGUGAGCUGCAGCUGUGAGAAAAGGGGCUUACAAUGAUGUAUCAUUUCCUGCCAUAAAUUCCUGAUGCCUGUAAACCAUUCAUUUAGAGUUAAAUGUACAACAUAGGAGUCACUUGUAUUGUUCAUGUGUGGAUAUAAUUAACUAUUGUUGAAUAUCUUUUUUCCAAGGAAUCUCAUUGAUGUUAAUUUAUCUUUAAGCUUUUGACUAAGGAUGUGGACGCUGGAUGUCGCUUGAGAAGCUACAUAAUGCUCUAUCCUUUGACCCAUGUUUGUGUUUGAAGCUUUGUUGAACGCCAAAACUUUGUUGCUGUCGCUGUGACAAUAUCUAAAUUAAUCAAUGUACAAAUGACAAACGUGCACCUAAUUAUACUUACUUUAACUAAA